UACUUCCUUCACACACUGUUCAGUCACCGUUCAGUUAGACGUUAGUCUGACAGAAAAAUAAAAUUAAUAAAUAUGCAGAAGUACAUACUCGGAGUGCUGGUUCUAGCUAUUGCUUUGCAAUGCGAAGCUUACCAGAUGACGACCUGCCAACUCAUUAGCGAGCUGAGGAAACAUGGGUUCCCAGAGGACAAAAUGAGGGACUGGGUAUGCCUGGUGCAGAACGAGAGUAAUAGAAUGACCCACAAGACAGGCACGGUGAACAAAAACGGUUCGCGGGACUACGGGUUGUUCCAGAUUAAUGACAAAUACUGGUGCAGCAACACUUCUACUCCCGGGAAGGACUGCAAUGUCACUUGUGCUGAUCUGCUGACGGAUGAUAUCACCAAAGCGGCGACGUGUGCGAAAAAGGUGUUCAAGCGACAUGGUUUCAGGGGCUGGUACGGAUGGCGAAACCAUUGCCAGAAGAACUUGCCUGCCCUGCCGGCUUGCUAGACGUUGCCUAGUGUUUGUACUACGUAUAAUCAGGUCUCUAAGGAUGAUGGACAUCAUGACUAGGAUAUACCUACCUGGCAUAAAGCUUAUAGAAAUGUAACCACAUACACAGUUUGCAAUGGCAAAACAUACAGGCGCUAAUGGGCUAUUUUACACUUGGUCAAAUGAGAUAUAAUUUACGAUAAUUUUCUAUUGAUUUUUAUGGAAAUACUGUCCGAGUGACGUCAUCAAUAAAAGCGGUCAACCAUUGUGCUCAGUCAAAAUGAAAAAUGAGAUUGAUUUAGCUUGACUUAGAUUGCCUUCUAUUUCUAGAUUAGCAUUUUAUAAUUCCUUGACUUAGUGCAAUACUCUGUUCAUCAUCACCAGCCCAUUAACGUCCCCACUGCAGGGGCACGGGCCUUCCCUAUGAAUGGAUACGAGUAGGGAGAACGGGCCUUUAACUUCCACGCGGGCCCAGUGCGGAUUGGUGGUUAUUAACGACUGCUAAUGCAGCCGGGACUAACGGCUUAACGUGCCUUCCGAAGCACGGAGGAGCUCUAGAUGGAAACUUUUUUUUUGUGGUCACGCAUCCUAUGACCGGCCUUUGCGAAAGUUGUUUAACUUCAACAAUCGCAGACCGAGCGCGUUUACCGCUGCGCCACCGAGCAGCUCUGCUGCUGCUCCUCAAUACUCUGUUACAAGUGUGAAACUGCUCUUCAGAUUUUCCCUUCCAUAUUUGGCCUAUUCUUACUAUACGAAUAGAAAUAAAUGCAAUGCAAAUUCUGCUGUGGAAAUUGCUUAGAGACCCGUCUUGCUCUAUGCCUGUCAAUUACGUCUGUCGUCUGUAAGAGACUGAUGAAAAUCGAGUGAAAUUUUGACAUCGAAAAUAAAUAAUGU